GUUAAUUGCACAAGCGAUCUAAAUGAAUUCAAUGAUUUUCAAUAGUAACGUACAUCUUAAUGUUUUAUCUAACGUUAAUGUAAGAUAAAUGAUUUAUUUCAGAUUUACUUUAAUUCUGUUAAUUAUUCUCAUCUGAAACAUGACAGAUAUAAAGAUGUCCUUUAUUAAAGAGGAGCGUGAAGACAUGAAAACUGAUGAAACAUUCAGAGUCAAACAUGAAGAAAGUGAGGAACAAACAGACCUGAUGGUGCUGAAAGUGGGGAGUCAAGAACUGAAUGAAAUGAAAGAUUUCAAAACUGAAGAAAAAUCUUUCAGUUGCUCACAGACUGAAAAGACUUCAUCAAGAAAAAGAGCUCAAAAGAAAGCCAACACAAGUUAUUUCACCUGCUUUCACUGUGGAAAAAAAUUUGAUCAACAAGGAAACCUUAAUAUUCACAUAAGAAUUCACACUGGGGAGAAGCCCUACAUCUGCCAACAGUGUGGAAAAUGUUUCACUAAUAAAGGAACUCUCAAAAGCCACAUGAAUGUCCACACAGGCGAGAAGCCUUACACAUGCCCUCUGUGUGGAAACCAUUUCAGUCAACAAGGAAGCAUUAACAGGCACAUGAGAACUCACACAGGAGAGAAGCCUUACAGCUGCAAACUGUGUGGAAUAAGUUGCAGCAGAAAAGGCAACCUUAAAAUCCACAUGAGAAUUCACACUGGAGAAAACCCUUUCGCCUGCCAGGAAUGUGGAAUAAGUUUCACUCAAAAAGGAAGCCUUAAAAUCCACAUGAGAAUUCACACGGGAGAGAGUCCUUUUACAUGCCAAGAGUGUGGAAAAUGUUUUAUUAGAAAAGGAAGCCUUAAAAGCCACUUAAGAAUUCACAGUGGAGAGAAGCCUUACCCCUGCUCUCAAUGUGGAAGAAGAUUUACACAUAAACCUACCCUUAAUGCCCACAUGAGAACUCACACUGGAGAGAAGCCCUUUGUGUGUUUUCAGUGUGGAAAGAGUUUCCGAUACCAUUUAACCCUUAAUUACCAUUUGAGGACUCAUUCAAGAGAGAACGGUUUUAGAUGUCAGCAGUGUGGAAAGAGUUUCACAGACAAUAAUCACCUCCAGAAUCAUGUAAUAACUCACGUCGGAGAGAAGCAUUUCAUGUGCCAUCACUGUGGAAAAACUUGCAAAAAGAAAUCCUCUCUUGAGGUUCACUUACGAGUUCACACUGGAGAGAAACCUUUCACCUGCACUCAGUGUGGAAAGAGUUACAGAUUUAAAGGAAACCUUAAUAUUCAUAUGAGGCUUCACACUGGAGAGAAGCCUUUUACAAGUCUUCAGUGUGAGAAGAGUUUUACACAUCAAAGAGACUUGGAACUUAAUUUGCAAACCCAUUCUGCAAAGUAAUAAUUCUCUAGUGUGGUCAAAGGUUUAGAAAAAGGAGCAAUUUCAAAAUCAUAUGUAUUCAAUGUGGGGGAAAUUUUCAAAACCAUUUAAUAUGAUCAGUGCAAAAUAUAUACAAACCCGAUUCCAAAAAUGUUGGGACACUGUACAAAUUGUGAGUAAAAAAAGGAA